UAUACACAACAACGGAUAACUAAACGGUGUCGUAACUGCACCGGUCGGCAACUAAAAUGGGAAGUUAUCAGAAGCAGCAGUUGGUACUGUUGAUAGCCUCUACGGUUGUUCUUAGUGCAGUAGCACUUGUUUCUGCUAAUUCCAGAUCUCCGCAGCUGCAUAAUAAUAACAAUGAUCAACAUAAGUACUGCACGUGCAAUGAAGCAUUCAUCAACCGUAGAGGAUUCCCGGACGGGUUCAUCUUCGGCUCCGGUUCAGCUGCUUAUCAGGUUGAAGGUGGAUACAAUGAAAGUGGGAAAGGUACUUCCAUGUGGGAUCAUUUCACACACACAUAUCCAGACAAAAUACAAGAUGGUAGUACUGGAGAUGUGGCAGUUGAUUCAUAUCAUCUAUACAAGGAAGAUGUGCAACUUUUGAAGAAUAUGGGGUUUGAUGCAUAUAAAUUCUCAAUAUCUUGGAGUAGGAUAUUGCCAGGUGGAACAGUAAGUAAAGGUGUGAACCAAGGCGGAAUCGACUACUACAAUGACCUAAUUAACGAGCUUUUAGCUAACGGUAUACAACCAUGGGUGACUAUUAUGCAUUUCGACACUCCGCAAGCUCUAGAAGAUGCGUAUGGCGGUUUUUUAAGCCGUCGAAUUGUGGACGAUUUUCGAGAUUUUGCGGAUCUCUUGUUCGACCAAUUUGGUGAUAGGGUGAAACAUUGGAUGACUGUAAACGAACCGUGGUGCUUCAGCUAUCUCGGAUAUACACUCGGUGUGUUUGCACCCGGUCGAUGUUCCGACUCGGUGUCUAGUACUUGCACCGGUGGUGACUCGGCAGUCGAGCCGUAUAUUGCGACACACAAUCAGCUUCUUUCUCAUGCUGCUGCUGUCAAUUUGUACAAAACUAAAUAUCAGGAAGUACAGAAGGGUAAGAUCGGAAUAACGAUUAACUCGUUCUGGUUUUUGUCUUACAAUGGAACAAGGGAAAAUAUGGAUGCUAGAGAUAGAGCAUUUGAUUUCAUGCUAGGAUGGGUUAUGGAUCCGAUUACAUUUGGGAAAUAUCCAGAUAGCAUGAGAAAGCGUGUCGGAAACCGACUGCCCGAAUUCACUAAAGAGGAAGAACAAAUGUUGAAAGGAUCAAUCGACUUUCUAGGACUCAAUUACUACAGUGGACAGUACGCAAUUAAUAUACUUCGUGAUCCUAAUACCGACGAUGAUGAUGAUGCCGUGAGCUACGUUACAGAUUCCGGGGUUAUUUUCUCGGGACUAAAAGAUGGCGUCCCUAUCGGGGAACAAAGUAGCAACGGGAGUCGGUAUUACAGUUAUCCAAUGGGAAUCCGCGCAAUUCUCAACCACAUAAAACUGAAAUAUAACGACCCUGUCAUUUACAUUACUGAGAAUGGCCUUGACGAGAACAGGAACGACAGUUUACCAAUGUCUGAAGCGAUUCAAGAUCACAGGAGGAAGAAGUACUUGUUGGAUCACCUCUGCUGUCUGCGCGAAGCAAUUAAGGAUGGUGCGAAUGUGAAGGGAUACUUCGCAUGGUCAUUGACAGAUAAUUACGAGUGGGCGUCUGGCUUUUUAAUUCGGUUCGGGAUUCAUUACGUCGAUUUCAAAGAUAAAAAUUUAACAAGAUACCCGAAACUUUCCGCGCAGUGGCUCAAAGCUAACUUUGACAAAACAACAACUGAUCGAAAACUUCAAACAAGAAGAAUUUACGAUCAGUAGUAACAAGAUUGAAAGCAAGUGCGUUUGUUUGUUUGUUUGAUCAAUAAGAUUCAUCGUCUUCGAAUAAAAUGUUCUUUUAUCGUAAUU